AUCAGUUAACCCAGAAAUGAAUUCCUUCCUUCUGUCUUCUUCUUCAUCUUCUUCUUCUUCCACUUCUUGUUCUUCCAACUUCACGAUCUUUACUCACUCUCAGAACCCUAACCAUCUCUUUAAGCUCAAAUUCAAAUUACUCAUUUUACCCCUCCACUCCUCACCUUCCCACCAUAUCGCUGUGAAUCCACAAUGUUCCCUCAGGGACUCAUCAUCCGCCACAGUGCUCGCGAAGAAGUCCAUUUCUACUCAACCGUUGGACGGCGUUGUAUCCAGCCAAGCGAAUUCACCCAAUACUGUCACAACGGAGGAUAGUGUGCUGGUAGUUCGCCGGCCGGUGAAGGAGUUUUCCGACGAUGAAGAGGGGCGGCAGGUGGAGGAAUCCGAAGGAAAGGCUUCGGCGAUCGAUGCGGGGCUUAAGGAAUUUGCGAAGAAGAUGCCGAUGUUUGAGCCGGUGAGGGUCGAAUCGGACUCUAAAGAGAAGCUACUUAUUGUGAAUUUGGAUUUAGCAUUAUACCGUGCGAAGGUUUUGGCAAGGAAUUUUCGAUAUGAAGAAGCAGAAGCAGUGCUUCAGAAGUGCAUAGAAUAUUGGCCAGAAGAUGGUCGACCGUAUGUGGCGCUGGGGAAAAUUUUGAGCAAGCAAUCGAAAGCAACUCAGGCCAGAGAAAUAUACGAGAAGGGUUGCCAGGCUACUCAAGGGGAAAAUGCCUACAUUUGGCAGUGCUGGGCUGUUCUUGAAAAGAAAAUGGGUAAUACCAGGAGAGCUAGAGAGUUAUUUGAUGCUGCCACAGUUGCUGAUAAGAGGCAUGUUGCGGCUUGGCAUGGAUGGGCUGUUCUAGAGCUGAAACAGGGAAACAUAAAGAAGGCAAGGAAUCUACUAGCCAAAGGUCUUAAACAUUGUGGACCAAAUGAGUACAUAUACCAAACGCUUGCAUUGCUAGAAGCUAGGGCAAACCGGAAUCAGCAGGCUCGGUAUUUAUUUAAGCAGGCCACUAAGUGCAACCCUAAAAGCUGUGCUAGUUGGCUUGCUUGGGCACAAUUGGAGAUGCAACAGGAAAACAAUCGUGCUGCUAGGCAAUUGUUUGAGAAUGCAGUAAAUGCAAGUCCCAAAAAUAGGUUCGCUUGGCAUGUAUGGGGCAUUUUUGAAGCUAGUAUAGGCAACGUUGACAAGGGAAGAAAACUUCUAAAGAUAGGCCAUGCUCUAAAUCCUAGGGACGCUGUUCUCCUUCAGUCUCUUGCAUUACUGGAAUACAAAAACUCAACUGCAAAUCUUGCUCGGGUAUUGUUCAGGAGAGCCUCUGAAUUGAACCCAAAGCAUCAGCCAGUCUGGAUUGCUUGGGGUUGGAUGGAGUGGAAGGAAGGAAACUUGAAUACAGCUAGAGAAUUAUACCAAAAAGCCUUAUCAAUUGAUUCAACCAGUGAAAGUGCUGCCCGAUGUCUACAGGCUUGGGGUGUUCUGGAGCAGAGGGCUGGUAAUCUUUCAGCCGCUCGCAGAUUAUUUAGAUCCUCAUUAAGUAUAAAUUCUCAGAGUUUUGUGACAUGGAUGACUUGGGCAUCAUUGGAGGAACAGCAAGGAAAUUCUGUGCGUGCUGAAGAGAUUCGUGAUCUCUAUUUUCAGCAGCGAACCGAAGUUGUUGAUGAUGCUUCGUGGGUUAUGGGAUUCUUAGACAUUAUAGACCCUGCCAUCGACAGUUUGAAGAGGCUCCUAAAAUUGGACCAGAAUUUGUACAGAACAAAUGAUAACAAUGCUGAUUCAGAGUCAACUACCCCAUCUCCUAGCUCCAUUGACAAUACUGAUGUGGAUGGUGAAAGUGGUUUCAAUGUAGAUGCUUUUGUUAUGGAGAGGUUGUCCCUAGAUACUUCCAAACUCGACGAUCUGCUGGAAACGCCUAGAAAUUCUUUCUCCAGAAGAAGUACGUCUCCAAGAAGAAUAUGGAGAUCAUCAAACAACAGGCCGUCAAAGGCUUAACAUCACAGCAUAGUGUAUUAUAUUUUAGGAUUGGCUUUGAGCACUACAGAUUUGUGUGAUGCGAAACAGGCCAUAGAAUUGUACAUGUCUACCUUCUGGUGAAAACAGAGCAUCAUAAGAAACCACCUGUAAAGAUACCAAAGAAUUAUUGUCAUCAAAAUGAUUGUACUUAAAUAUUCCUACAUGAAAUAUAGUUAGAAUAAAGCAGUUCCAAAUUUAUUGAUUUGGUUUACAUAGCUAUCUGAACUGGAGAGGUAUAAUUUAGCAAUGGGAGGAAAAGGCUUAUGAUAUAUUGCUUGACUGUUGUAUUUU